UCGAAUCAAAUCUACGGAUGAUGAUACCAAUACAACACUCAUAACUCAUCAUCGCUUUUUCCACAACCUACCCAGAUCCCAACUUUCAAUCUUUCGUUCCUUCUACGAUUCUAACCGAUUCGAUUUUCACCAAUUGUUUCUGAUUCAAUCGAUCGCAGAUAAUCAUGUUUAGCAGAGUUUUUGGUAAACCUAAACAGGAAAUCAGCAACAAUGCUCUUGCCACUUUGGACAAGUUAAACGAGACACUUGAAAUGCUAGAAAAAAAGGAAAAUGUACUCCUUAAAAAGGCCGGAGCAGAAGUUGAAAAAGCCAAAGAAUUCACUAAAGGAAAGAACAAAAAGGCUGCAAUUCAAUGUUUGAAGAGGAAGAGGUUAUAUGAACAGCAAAUUGAGCAGCUUGGAAAUUUCCAGCUGCGUAUUCACGACCAGAUGAUAAUGUUAGAAGGUGCUAAAGCCACCACGGAAACAGUGGAUGCGUUAAGAACAGGAGCUGCUGCUAUGAAGGCUAUGCAGAAAGCAACGAAUAUUGACGAUGUCGACAAAACCAUGGAUGAGAUAAAUGAACAGACUGAGAACAUGAAGCAGAUUCAAGAAGCAUUGUCUACUCCAAUUGGUGCAGCAGCUGAUUUUGAUGAGGAUGAACUAGAAGCAGAACUUGAAGAAUUGGAGAGUGCUGAGUUGGAAGAACAGCUUCUUCAGCCAGCAACUACAGCUCCUGCUGCCACAUCGUAUGUCCCAGCUGGACGGCAACCUACACGCCCUGUUCCUGCAAAGCCAACUCCCGAGGAAGACGAAUUGGCAGCUUUGCAGGCUGAGAUGGCACUUUGAUCGGGUACCUUUUCUCGUCUGUGACACUGCCGAUGGAUUUGUGUUAUUAUCUAUGCAUUAGUAUGUCAGUUAAAUGAUAUGGUUAUGUCACAUUUUCAUGUUUUGGCUAUGCCAGAAAUAUUUUAGGUAGUUGUUCUAUUUGGUUUUGCCGCGGCUGGCUUAGCUUAAGCCAGAAUUUUGCUGGCUUUGUUAAUCAUGACGAUAAGUGUCUUCCACGAUAUAUAUUUGUAAUCUGUAACCGAAGACUCCAAUGUGGAGAAUUCUGCUUUUCUCCUUGGCUUUAUAUGUGUGAAAUUAUUGAACAGACCAGCAGAUGUAUAUAAAAGCUGAAAAAGAACUUGAACAUAGAAGUCCCCUUCAACAAUUGCUGCUUUUCUCA